CUCCAGCUUGAGCUCGCUCACCCGGCCGCUAGCUCCAUCGCAUUUGAUACCAGACCAUUCGCAGCAACUGGAUUGCCGGCUCCAAGUGUGCCUUUUCAUCUUCACUGUUGCAGGACGCCGCGGUGGUGUGGUGGGCGAGCAGUGAAACUGUCAAAACAACGAGGAAAGACGUGCUUGUUCUAGACAUUGCGACUAAAACCAUGGAACAGUGGCGAGAGAUGGGGAGUUCUUAAUUGCUGUCGGUGUCAGCCACCGUUUUGGACUUCGUUCAUGAUGAAAGUACUUGUAUUUUUUUAGUGGUCUACUCAAGCGUAUUGUCGCUUUGGCCGAGUGGUUAAGGCGUGUGCCUGCUAAGUACAUGGGGUUUCCCCGCGAGAGUUCGAAUCUCUCAGGCGACGCAAAUCUUUUGAUGUCAUGGCUCUGGGACACAAGCCGUUAAUUUAGGGUUCUUCCUUUUCAUGUCUUAAAGUGGCGAUGGCGCGGCAAGCCCGGGAAUGGGGUACUUCUCCGACGCGGAGUUGGCUGCCCUCGCUCGAUCUGCCACCGAUCUGUCACAGGCCAAGCGCGCCCAUCUCGCCAUUCUCAAGAGUUCGCGCUCGUCAACUAGCCUUUUCCUUAAAAACCAUCUUGUCGACAUGUACGCAAAAUGUGGCAGCCUCCAUGACGCCAAGGCCGUCUUCGAUUCCAUCUAUGCGCCGAAUCUCCACUCCUGGAACAUCCUUCUUGCAGCAUAUGCCGCAAAUGGGCAUCUUUUUUAUACGAAGCGUGUCUUUGAUGGUAUGGUCCAGCGGGACGUGGUAACGUGGACAACCAUGGUCAAGGCAUAUUCCGAGAGUGGUUUCUUAGAUAUGGCCAGGCUAAUGUUUGAAAGAAUGCCACAGCGGAACGCAGUGUCUUGGAACGUUGUAAUAACUGCGUAUGCCCAAUCAGGGCAUAUGGAAGAAGCUGAGACUCUCUUCAAAAUGAUACCUCAAAGGAACGUUGUAACAUGGACUACCAUGGUGGCGGGCUAUGCACAAAACGGAAAUUUACCAAAAGCAAGAUACACUUUUGACAUGGCGCCGGUUAAAAACCUUGUGACGUGGAAUACCAUGGUAGCAGCAUAUGCCCAAUGUGGGCAGAUUGAGCAUGCGAGACAGGUGUUUGAUUCCAUAGUCGAUCGUGACGAAAUCUCGUGGACCAUUAUGAUCCAGGCAUAUUCUUUGCUUGGCUACGUAGACGAGGCCGUGAGAUUCUUUCACAGAAUGACAAGCCGAGACAGGGUCGCUUGGACUACCAUGGUACAGGUAUAUGCGCAGAAUGGUUACUAUGGCGAGGCAAAGUGGGUGUUUGACUCCAUGCCAAAUCGCGACGUGGUAGCUUGGACUUACUUGAUCCAGGUGUACGGGCAGAACAAGGGUCACGCAGUUGCGAAGGAACUCUUUGACUCGGCACCCGUACGGAACCUGGUAACUUGGAAUGCGAUGAUCCAAUGUUAUGCCCAGGUUGGGCAUGGGACCGUUUUACUGCCUUUUAUGAUCCUGGAGGGCUUUGAUCCGGAUCAAGUGACUUUUAGCAUUGUUCUCGGCACUUGCAGUCACUCUGGGUCGCUGGCAACGAGUAGAAGCGUUUUUCUGUCGAUGGUGGCGGAUCAUGGAGUUUGCGUGGAGCUGGAACACUACCGAUGUAUGAUCGACACUGUUGGGCGAUCUGGAGACUCUAGGAAUGCUCGGGUGCUUGUUGAGAGUAUGCCUUACAAGGCUGAUAGUUUUGCGUGGACGAUCCUUCUCGGGGCUUGUAAUGCUAGCGGUGAUCCUGUUCAAGGCUCACAGGCUGCUAAAACAGUCAUCGAUGAUCAACAGGUUUCCAGUUCUGGCCCUUACGUUGCAUCCGAAAUUUUCUUGAAAACGUAGUAAGAACUUCAGUUUUGUAUCAUAUUUUCGUGAAGGAUACGUAGUGUUUGUCUGCAAACAAAAGUACAAAGUAAACGGUUGUCAGCUGGCUCACCCUACUUUUGGGAAACUCUAAAGCUAUCCACAAGGAGAGAACUUUACGAUUAUCCACCGUUUUGAAUGAGUGCCCGCCUGAUAACGUUUUGGCACGGUCUGGCAAGUAAACACAAAGAAUUUUUCCGUAUUUACCUUUGUUAACUGUUAGUCAUGCCCAAGCUGUAUUAUUGGGUGAUUGUAUACAUUGUUUGUUCUUGGCAUAGAGCUUCAUUACCAGGCUGCCCAAGGUCAGGAAACAAUAAAACUCGUGGUAUAAAGUUUGGAGGUAUGUGAUAAGUGGUGUAGAAGAUCUUUUCUAAUGAUGCCUGGGGAGAGAUUUGGGAUCGGGCAAUUGGAGUUGGGGUGUGGAAAACCGACCAAUGGAUGGACGGGAACAGAAAUGGCCAUGAGAGUGGAAAACAUGAUUGCGUUAUACGGACGCAAUUGCACAAGUCAAGUGGACUUUCCAUUUGUGAGGUUAAGUACCAUGUUGUCACUGAGGCAGUCAAGGAAUUAUUGUGAAUGUGAAGAUUUUAUUGGGACAUUGGUUUUGAGAUCCAUGGACUAAUGACAGCUUACAAUGACAACAUGGGAUACUUGCAAAUGAUCUUAAACCAUGCCAUAACAAAUGCUUUGCUCUAUUUCAUACAUGAAAGGAUCAAAAGGGAUAAGUAUAUUAGUUAUUGUUUGUGACACAUCGGUGUUUAUUGACAUUUAACAGUGAUCU